AGGCCGACUGCAGCUGUGCACACUGCUCCCUAUUAAUAAUGGGAACUACAACCCGAUACCCCAGCAUCUAACCACUUCUCCGGAAACUCAUGAGGGCGCGAAGUCUGAUUUUUACCUUGGGGUCAUGCUGCAUUGCGAGCCUCGCGUCCCCUACUCAGGUUGUACUGGGCACAUCACAGGUUGAACUUCAAUCUUCCCCUAGGCAGCUUCACGGUCGUUUUCUGCACAUCACAGAUAUCCACCCUGAUCCGUUUUAUGAACCCGGUGCAUCCCAAUCCUCUGCAUGCCAUCGACCCGAUUUCAAGGACGAGCGUCCGGCAGGUUACUACGGAACACCUUAUAGCUUCUGUGACUCACCGUUCAGUCUCACAAACUUCACGCUUGACUUUUUGGAUGAACAUUGGAGCUCUGAAAUCGAUUUUGUUAUUUGGACUGGCGACAAUGCAAGACACGACAACGAUGACGAUAUACCACGAACCCUUGACGAAAUUUAUGACUUGAAUCGCGCUGUAGCUAAAAGGAUGGAACAUGUAUUUUUGAAGAAAGGCAUCCCAGUCGUGCCAAGUUUGGGGAACAAUGACAUAUGGCCUCAUAAUAGAUUAUCUGCUGGACCUAAUGAAAUUAUAGAGGAGUUCUCUUCGAUAUGGAGUGCAUUUAUACCCCCGACGUCAUCAGCAUCAUUUCAUCAGGGAGCAUACUUCUCAACGGAGAUCAUACCUGAUGCGGUGGCUGCUAUCAGCCUUAAUACCUUGUACUUUUAUAAGAAAAAUCACGCUGUCGGAGGAUGUGAUUAUACCGACCCAAAGGACCCUGGAACUAUCCAGCUUGAUUGGCUUGAAGAACAACUGGAGGCAUACCGUUCUCGACAGAUGCAGGUGUGGAUUACGGGACAUGUACCUCCAUCCGAAGCGAACUACUUUUCUGAAUGCUACCCCCGAUUCGUAGAGUUGAACCUGCGAUUCCAAGACACGAUUUUGGGUAAUUUGUAUGGGCACCUAAACGUUGACCACUUCUCUUUCUUGGACGCUGAUGAGAUCAACACGUCUUCGAAGACCUCAUCACGCGGUACACUCUUUGAGACGCUCAUCGCUGAUUUUUCGGAGAUACCGGCACCCCUCGAGGAUACUCGCUACGACGACUAUGCAGUGGUGAACGUCAACGCUGCCAUUGUACCAAAUCCCUACAUUCCAUCUUUCCGAAUUUUCACGUAUAAUAUCACUGGACUAUCGACACUCACGAAGGAUAUCGGCUCUGAUCCAUAUCUUCAAAUGAUAAAGGCCACUCAGCGGCGACGUGCCUUGAACCAUGAGCAAGUUCGCACAUUCAAGAAGCCGAAGUGUGAACACAAGAAGUUCCGUAACGCGUGGAGGUGCCAGCCUCACAAACUCUGGCACUCCGAUAGCAAAUCGCCAUCAAGACACAACUCGUUGUGGUCGCCUCUAGGGUUCGCACAGUUUUACAUGCCAAGACUGGAAGAAUUCGAUCAGACCCAUAAUCCAGAGUUCGAACUCGAAUACAUGACCUUCCCUCUUUCAAGCUUGCACCCCGAUGAGGAAACACAGGAUGUCACGAAUCACCAAUAUGUUAUUCCUCUUCAACUUCUCCCAGAAGAACUUCGCGAGCCUGGUGUUGUGGAGUCAGAGUACACGCCUUACGAGUUGAAUGACUUGACCAUCCCAUCGUGGUUGGAUCUUGCCACGAGGCUUACGAAGAACAAGGAACUUCGAUUGAGGUUCAAGGAGUUCAUGUACAUGGGCGGUGUGGAGGAAUGAUUAUUUCAGGUGUCUGGUUUGGAAACGGACAAGAACGUCGAGAUUCAAGCUAUGUAUUAUUGAUGUAUUGGUUGCAGGAGGACUGGAAUGCGCUGUAAUUUGUUAUUUUUGUAU